GAGCCGAAUGGAAACUUUUAACCGAAGAAGAAAAACGUCCAUUUAUUGAUGAAGCCAAGAGGCUGAGAGCCAUGCAUAUGAAAGAACAUCCCGAUUAUAAAUAUCGACCGAGAAGAAAACCCAAGGCUUUGAGAAGAGAUGGUUAUCCCUAUCCAAUGCCAUAUCCAUCGGUACCAGUAGAGGCUUUAAGGGCAGGCAUAACGCCCAGUUAUUUUGCGCCGGGACCAGCAGCAGCCGCUUAUCAUUUAGGCAGUCAUCUAACGCAAACGAAUCCACCAACAUCACAG